AAUUGAAAAUCAUUUUUGCUAGGCAACGACUCGCAAACAAAUUGUUUUUUCACAGUUUUUUUAAGUUCGUUCGUGAUUUGAGAUCAAAAAAAAAAAUUUUUCGUAUUUUACAAUUCUCACGUUUUUUACAAGAGUUUUUCUGUUCCUGAGCAGUUUAUUUCCAUCGCGUCCAAUCAAUUUAGCAAAAAAAAGAUUCUGAAACUUCACAAAAAGCGGCGUUAAAAUGGUUAGACCUUCAAAUCCGAAAUUGAUGGCGAGAGUUUUGGAUGCAGUUGCUCAUCUUGGCGAGACGAAAGGUUCGUCAGUUCGCGAUAUUCUUCAGUUCGUGAAGAAAGGCUCGAAUGGUCCCAACAGAAACCUAACAAUGCAGGUGCAACGAGCAUUGAAACACGCAGUGACUGCGGGGAUAUUACGUCAUCGAAAUGGUCGUUAUAAAAAUAUAAUUUCAUUAUCAAAAAUCACGCAUUCUUCAAAAAGACGACUCGAUGAAAAUUGUAAAGUCAACGAAAUGCCUGUUAAUGAUGAGAUUAAGAAAAAUUCCGUGGAUCCCCUUGGUUCCAUUCACGACCGCGGAAAGCCAUGUGGUUGUAGUCGGAGCAAAAAGAGAAAAGGAAGUCGAAGCAGAAAGGAAAAUCGCAGAAGGGGAAAAGCAAGUAGCAGACGAGGAAGAAAGAGGGCGACUAUUGAGGAUUAUCCGGAAUUAAUGUCCGAUAAUAAAAAAUCAUCUCUAAAACAAUCCAAAGUUCGUGACGAUGAUCGACUUCACAAACGAAUGACGGACAAAUAUUCCGAAAUUUCGGCCACCGAACACGAGAGUCGUAAUCGAAAUCGAAAAUCGAAGCCUGAAAAUGGAUCGAGAAGAUCGAAUUCGAGGCACGACCAGAGAAAAGAAGUGACCGAUAGUAAAACAAAAAGACGUUCACAAUCACGACAUCGAAGCGAAACGAGAAAUGACACUCAAAUUGAGGACUCGGAUAAUCAGAAUGCAAUGGAGUGCGAUGACGAUGCCAAUGACAAUGAUCAUUCUGGACGUGAUGCUGAUAACUGUGAUACCAAAAAUUUCGGAAGCGAAAGUAGUCUUUAAUAUUUAAAAAAAAAAUAUGAAAUGAAAAAAAAAAAUUCAAGUCCAGUAAAUUUUUAUGUGACUUUGCGUUUUGUAAUUCAAGAAAAAAG